AUGGGAGGGGGAGGAUUCUGGGAGAUUGGGAGGGGAUGGGAGAGAAUGGGAGGGGAUGGGGGAGAUGAUGAAACGGAGAGGAGGGGCAGGGCGAAGGGCAGGGCAGAGGUGCGCGGGGAGCAGCGGAGAGGGCGAGCGCGGGUGCUGUGGGUGGAGGGCAUCACUGCGCAGCAUUGCACAGCAUACUUCUCUCCCCCUACCCACCACUGCGCAGCAUACUUCUCUCCCCCCACCACUGCGCAGCAUACUUCACUCCCCCCACCACUGCGCAGCAUACUUCACUCCGCUGCACUGCCCUUCCUGAUGGACAUCCCCUCCCUCUCCCCUCCCUCCGCUGCACUUGUCUCCCCUGGACUUCACUCCAUUGCGCAGCUUACAUCCCCUCGCAGUUAUUUCCGCUGCACUUCACUCCGCUGCACUUCCCUCCGCUGCACUCCACUCCGCUGCUCUCUGCUGGACAUCCCAUCCCUCUCCCCUCGUCUCUCCCGCCCCUUGCUUCCGCUCCACAUCCAACGCCCUUCUCCUGCUCCUUCCGUCCCCCCGCAACCCCCUGCUCCUUGCAACGGCGACGGUGAGACGUACUUCAGCAGCGUGCUUCUAAAGAGCGUGAGGCCGCUUCUGGAGAAUCUGGCGAAACACCUCCCUGACGGCCAGCACAAGCCCUCCAGGGUGCAUGUACCCGACGCACCUGAUGUGAAGCGGCCUGGGAUCGGCCGCUUCGGAGGAAAGCCUGCUGCUGCCGUUCUUGCACCUGCGGUCGUCACUGCUGCUGCUGCUGCAGUCACACCGUCUGCCGUGGCAGCGCCUGUGGCUCCAGUGGCUUCAACCACACCACAGGUGCCUGAAGCGAGUGUGACCACAGAAGCAAUAUCGGAGGAGGCGAGUGCAGGUACUGCUGAUCAGCGUGAGCAGAAAGCCAGAUGGGACAAGCUGCGUCAGGAUGUUCUUGCAAUGGAUGUUGAAAUGACAAAGUUGAGAGCACGUGCUGCUUACCUGAGAUGGGCCAAGCUGGACCAGGCAACGUGGGCCAGGGACAUUGAAGCCGCCAUUGAAGCCUGCCUUCCUGCUUGGAUCGCGCCUGCUAAAACAGUUCCUCCUGUAUCUGCAACUGCAGCGACUGUAGCAGAGUCCGCAGCACCAGUUGCUCCCUCGCGUGCAGCUGCAACAACUGUGAAAUUACCUGCUGCGACAUCACCAGUGAGAGGAUCUUCAGCAGCAGCAAAGCAGUCAAGACCUGCCGUUGCAGCAAGGUGCAAGGUGGGGGGUGAAACCGUGAAGGGCAAGAAUGGGUGCAGUGGCAAGGCGGUGAGCACUGGUGUGAAGGGUGGCAAUAUCAGCAGCAAUGCUGCAGUCUCUGGCCCACGUGCAGCAGCAGCUUUUGUUGCGGGAUCACGUGGUGGUGCAUCAUCAGUGAGAGCAGGUGGCAAGGCCAGCAGCAGGCAGGCGAGUGGGGUGAAGAGGCGAGAGGGGGUUGGGUGUGGGGAGGGAGCAGCAGGGAGGGCAGCAGGUGGAAGGCAGGGUGGUGUGAAGGCAGCAGGUGGCAGAGCAGUGGCAAGUGGCGUGUGUGGCAGGGAGGGGGUGAAGCAGCAGGCGGGGAGGAGAGAGGGUUUGGUGCAUGAGAGGCAGGCGAAGCCAGGCUGCAGCAGCAGCAGCAGCAGGACGCACAGAAGGAGCUCCUGA